CUUCCCUCCUCCUCCCUCCCUCUCCCUACAGUGUAUCAGACACAUGUCCUCUCUGCUCCUGGAUCAACCAGGCCUACGGCUCCCAGCUCUCAAACUGAUGACCGAGAGUGAAGACCCCCAGCUGUUAGAGCUGGCCCUGGAUCAGAUCAACAACAUCACUGAGGUGUGUGACUCUACCUGCGACCCAGAGCUCCUGUCUCUCCUGCUAGAUGCCGGUCUCCUGGUGGGGUGUGUAGCGUCCCCCCUCUACCCUCCUCUCAGCGCCCACCUGCUCUCCAGACACCGGGAGGGAAGAUGGGACGUGGAGAAGGCCGCGACGGAGCUCCUCCAGGCUGGGUACCGAGCUCAGGCCGGCUCUCUGCUUCUGACCUACCGUGGAACCCACCCGGGCCUCAGCACGUUUAACACAGCACUCGCUGUCGUUAAGAAGUGGCUCUGAGGUAACUGGAGAGGAAGCCAGACAGACGCUCUUACUAAUGUUAUCAUUACUAGAAAACAAAUUGGCCCUGAAAACCCCCCCCGACACUGAGUGGCUGGGUGUUGUCGCACGUACGUGCACCAGCUCUCUCAUACAAGCACUGUAAUUGGCUAAUAGGGUGUUGAUGCACGUACGUGCACCAGCUCUCUCACACGAGCACUGUAAUUGGCUAAUAGGGUGUUGAUGCACGUACGUGCACCAGCUCUCUCAUACAAGCACUGUAAUUGGCUAAUAGGGUGUUGUCGCACGUACGUGCACCUGCUCUCUCACACGAGCACUGUAAUUGGCUAAUAGGGUGUUGUCGCAUGUACGUGCACCAGCUCUCUCAUACGAGCACUGUAAUUGGCUAAUAGGGUGUUGAUGCACGUACGUGCACCAGCUCUCUCAUACAAGCACUGUAAUUGGCUAAUAGGGUGUUGAUGCAUGUACGUGCACCAGCUCUCUCACACGAGCACUGUAAUUGGCUAAUAGGGUGUUGUUGUUAAGUGGAAGACCUGUGCCGCUGUGUCUACGAUUGGCUGUCCAGUGUUCUGACACACACUGCACGUGCUUUGACCUGAAAUAUAACACAUUAAAUCCAUAUUAAUCCAAAAAUAAA